AUGGAGUACAACUUAUUGGCACAAAUAAAUCCAUCGAGACACAAUUGGUGCAUUAGGGUUAGAGUUGCUAGGAUGUGGACGGUAUCUGGGACCUCUAAGGGGAGGUCUUUUAGUGGUAUGGAACUUGUUCUAGUUGAUGAAGAGGGCAUAGGCAUUACAGCUUCCAUUGGGCAAAAAGACAUGAACAAAUUUGCCAAACUUCUGGUGGAAGGUCACUCUUAUAUGAUAAAAAAAUUUCAAGUUAGUAGGCAAGUAAGGAAGUUCAACGCUGUUCCCAACAAACAAUCAAUCUUCUUCACAUCAUGGACUGCUGUUGAGGAAUUAUCUGCUGACUUGGCCACAAAUCUGCCGCAUUACUUUUUUAACUUCGUUGACUUUGAGGAUUUAGAUCACAAGGGAAGGAAAGGAGAUGGUUUAGUAGAUGUUAUUGGUCAACUUACAACCAUCCAUCCAGUGGUGCGGAGUAGUGAUUUGAAUGGCUCUUCUGUUAGGAGAUCAGUGGAGAUACGUGAUCUAAGUGAUCAGGUUUUGCCCGUAACAUUAUGGGGGGAACACGCAACAUCUUUUGAGGAUGAGUUCCUUAUUGAGACCAUUGGGAAUGAUGAGCCAGUUGUUAUCAUUUUUGCUGGGAUGCAGGUGAAGGCGUUCUUUGGUGCUACAACUUGUGCAAGCGGUUCUGCAACGAAGUGGUAUAUCAACAUUGAUACCCCUGAAGUUAAUGCUUUCCGUGCUAGCUUAGAGGGAAGAGGUUCCGAGGUCGUGCUCCUACCGGGGGAUGGUGGUGCGGCUGCAGGCGCUAUUGACGAUGCAACAUCUAAUAGGAAGAGCAUAUCAGAGCUCCUCUCCUUGGAUCCUCACGACAACAAUGAUGUCCGUUUUACUUGCGAUGCAAAGAUUAAAGAAAUUGAUGUUACAAAUGGUUGGUGGUACAAAGGGUGCAGUAAGUGCAAGCGAGGGCUAAAGCCAACUUUUGAAGGAUUUGAAUGUACUAACUGUGAUGAAAUGAAGCCAGUAGUCAUUCCCAGUUACAAGCUAAAUGUGGUUAUCGAGGACAACACUGGCCGUGCAAAAAUAUUUCUGUUUGGAGGUGUGGCUGAGCAGGUUGUGCGGCGGACUGCCGCUGACCUCGUGGAAGAAAGUUCAUCCAACCAAAUUUUGCUGCCAGCAUCCCUCCGCAGCCUUGUUGGGCGGAGGUAUGUGUUCCAGGUGGUUAUCAGUGAGCAAACCUUUAGAACUGGGCAGCUCUGUUUCCAAGCUAGGAGGGUGUUCAUGGCUCCAACUGGUGCUGGGGAGCAAUCUAGAUGUGCUAGUGGCGAUGUGCGUGGUCCUCCUGCUGGUUCGUCCGCAGCUGGAAGCUCUGGAAAGGAAACCGAAGAUGGUCCUACCUUAACUGAAGUGGUCUUAGAUCCAGAAGGUGGACCCACAACGCCUCCUGAUGGCAAGAACUCAUCGACUAAGGGAAAGGAGGUCCCCCCUGGAGCUAAUGAAGAGUCUGGAAGUGCUUUGGGUAAACGUUCGCGGUCUGCUCGGAAGGAAUUAUUCACCUCGAAGAAGGAGAAGGCUAGGUUCGAUCAGGUUUGCGACGCGGCUGCCUCCGGAUGCAAAAAGAUGCGGUACGUGCCUUCAUUUUCCAGAUGCUGCGGCCGGCUCUAA